GCAACAUAUUUCAUUCACUGUCUCGGCCAAAGAGAAAAAGAGCGAAAGAGAGGACAAUCGUGGCGCGUUGGGUCGAUACGUGCGCGCCGCUUAGCGACCGAAACUGCUCGCGUUUAUGUCGUCUCUACGUAGAUGAAAAUAUCCACGAGAAAUGUCGCGAAUCACGCUGGAUUUGUUACGCAAACGUUCGGAGCACAACGAGGGCGAAAUUUCGACGCUCGAAGAGAUCGCGUUGCAUCAAGAAAAUAUCGAAAAGAUCGAACUGAUCGACAAAACGUGCAGGCAUUUGAAAAUUUUGUUGUUGCAGCACAAUCUCAUAUCGAAGAUCGAGAAUCUGAGCAAACUGAAGAGGUUAGAGUACUUGAACUUGGCAUUGAACAACAUAGAGGAAAUUGAAAAUUUGGAAGGUUUGGAAAGUUUGAAGAAGCUGGAUCUCACGGUUAAUUUUAUCGGUAACCUUCGAGGAAUCAAAAAAUUAAGGUGCAACGAACAUUUGGAGCAGCUGUUCCUGAUGGGCAAUCCAUGCACGGAUUACGAAGGAUACAGAGAGUACGCGAUCGCAACGCUGAUCCAACUGAAGGAGCUAGACGGCACACCGAUCGAGAGAUCCGAACGUAUAAAGGCGUUGCAAGCUUACGCUCGAAUCGAAGGGGAGAUCAUCCGGAGUUGCACGAGACAAGAGAAAGCGAGAAAGGCGGAAUUACUCGAUUUGCAGGAAAAGACGAGAUCACGAGAGGUCGCAGACGCAGAGGAGCGUGGAUGCGAGCAGAAGGAAGAGGAAGGGCAGGAGAAAGAGGAGGAGAAAGAGGAGAAGGAAGAGGAGGAAUUUUGGAAUCAACCUAGUCGUCACACGCCGGAGGAACGCGUCGCUAUUGCGCACCGGUUUCUACGAAAACAGGAACAAAAGAAUCGGGAAAAAGAUGGCGGAAGCGUACCACGAAUCAGCCACAAGUUAAAACUCUUCGACUCCGAGGGCAAACCUUAUAACGCGAAUCAACCAAAGAUAGCGUUCAAGUUGGACGAUGAGCGGUACAGCGAUCGUAUCGUCUUGGAGGUUGCCCUGUACAAAUAUUUGGAUACAAGCUACGUCGAUGUGGACGUACAUCCUGACUAUGUGCGUGUUACGAUUAAGGGAAAGGUAUUACAAUUGACACUGCCCAGCGAGGUAUCGGUAAAUGAUAGUACGGCUAAACGAAACACGACCACAGGCAGCCUGCUGGUGACGAUGCCUCGCUUGAAACGACUACCUGCGAUCUUUCCUAGAAAUACAGAGUCCGCUAAAGGAAAAUCCGAUAAAACACGGACGGUGAUCGAACGAAGAUCAGCAACGAGUGUACGAGAGUACUUGGAAAUCGGUCCAGUCGCGAGUGACUUGGACUUUUCGAAAAUUUACACCCGGCCAACCGACGCGGUUGGUCGAUCGGUGGACAACCAAGAGGAAACGUGCUCGAAACGCGAAACGUUCUGUCUCGAUGACGAUUCGAUGGUACCGCCGCUGGAAUGAACCUGCUCCGGCAUAAGACGCUUACCUUGAAUGGAUCCCGAAAGUCGAUAUCUUUGGUUUCCUUCAGUCCCAACGGUAUCAUCGGCAUUGCCGGUUCCU